UUACAGUAGACCAACUCUAUGGUCAAAUUAGCCUAGAAGGGUCAGCGUGAGCGUCUCUUUACGGAACGGCGCGCAGCUGCGCAUGCUCAGCAAGAGACGCAGGAAAGAUGGCAGAACCUGAGCCCAGAAAAAAGAUUCCUUUGGUUCCAGAGAACCUCCUGAAGAAGAGGAAAGCUUACCAAGCACUCAAAGCAACUCAGGCUAAGCAAGCUCUUUUGGAAAAGAGGAAGCAAAAGAAAGGGAGUCAGCUCAAAUUCAGGCGCCUCGAAUCAUUUGUCCAUGAAUCCCAUCGGAUCAUCCGUGAUGUAGCUCGUCUCAAGCGCCUGGAUUGGAAGCCUGAGCGCUAUGUGCUAAAGGAUGCACAUCGUCUGGCCUUUGUAGUCCGUAUGGAAAGGAUUAAUGGCGUGAGUAACCAGGUGACAAAGACAAUAGAGGAACUUCGUCUGAAGAAAAUUUAUAGUGGCGUCUUCGUUAAAAUGACCCCAACUUCCUUAAAGAAACUUCGAAUUAUAGAGCCUUAUGUAACUUGGGGAUAUCCUAACCUAAAAUCUGUCCGUGAGCUCAUUCUGAAACGGGGACAAGCCAGGAUAAAUAAUAAGAAAGUCUCUCUAACAGAUAAUACUCUGAUUGAGGAGCGUCUAGGGAAAUUUGGCAUCAUUUGCCUGGAAGAUAUCAUCCAUGAAAUCUGCUCAGUUGGGGAACAUUUCUCCCAGGUCUCGAGGUUCCUGUGUCCUUUCCCUCUGUCGGUGGCCCGCCAUGCUGCCAAGAACAGAGUGGGCUUUCUCAAGGAAAUGGGCAAACCUGGCUACCGAGGUGAAAGCAUCAAUCACAUCAUUCGGCAGCUGAACUAGGCCCAGGAUCUCAGAAGAUUUAUAUCUUUUCUGAGUUUAUACCCAAUAUCUUCAAAGAAGAUUUCUUUUCUGCUGGAACUUUGUCUGGACACUAAUGAGAUAGGAAGAAAAGAGGAUCACCUAUAUAGAAGGAACUUUUCCACCUUCUAUACUUUUCCUCAAGGGAGAAACCAUAUUGGUUUAUCCAGCUGGCUUCAUCUUGGAUUAAAGUCUCAUGACCAGCAAAGAGGAGGCUGUACUUCAUAUUCUGGGAUUGGAAGCCAGAUUGAACCCUUCCUAGUUUUUUCAUGGUGGCCUCCCAUCCAGAGAGCAGUCAGUUGUUAGCCACGUGUGAUUCUCUACUCCGAGGGUUGAGUGUUGUGAGAUACGCUUUGUCAUUCUGCUCUUCACUUAAACAGGACAAUGGGACCUGAUCUGGGUUGUGAAAUGACUUUCAAAUAUAAUGGGCCAUCAUGUCUGGGACUCUGUGUUUUUAAUGAUACCUACAUGACUUUGAGGGUCCUUCCUAGCAAUUGUGUUAGUGAGCUUCCCGUGCUUCGGCACCACUCUGAAGGUCCUGUUCCUUUUUGCCAUUAAAGUAGAGGUAUUGACUGUAGUCUGCAACUAAACACUUUCUGUAUUAAUAUGAAUCAAAUUUACUCUGCUUUUCAUCACCCUUAUUUUGUGGUCUUCUCUUGCCCCUUGUCUUUUUCCCACAAUCUAAGGUAAUUAUUGAAGUAUCCAUAAGGGGUAGUAAUAAUAAGUUUACAAAGCACUGUACUUAGGUGGGUUCUGUCAUUUAAUCCCCAGAACAGCCCUCUGGAGCAAAUGCUUCUUAAACACUUUAGUACAAUGAGAAGUCUCAGAGAAUUGAAGUGACUUUCCGAGGGUCACAUGGCUGGGAAAUAUCUGAGGUGGAAUUCAAACCCAGGUCUUCCUGAUCCUAAGUUCAGCGCCAUCUACAACACCGAACAGGUAGAGGUGUUAGCCAAGAUUUCACAUAUGGUCUAAGUAAUUAUGCCCACCUUUGUGACCCUGGUAGAGAAGAUGAAACAAGCACUUGGGAGUUGCUUAUGUGGUGAGCACUUUAUAGUGGUUCUCCCAUUGGAUCUUGUUUUGGGAACAUGUUAGGAACUUACUCCCCAGCUUUCCAGGCAGCUUUUACCCCUUAAAUCCAUCUCCCUUUUUCUGACACUAUUUAAGAUGCAGAACAGGCAUCUUUGGCACUUGAGAAAUAUGAAGCAGCAAAAUUCUUAACCUAGGCUGCCAUCUAGUGAAUGAAGUCUGGUGACAAAUGCAUUUGUGUUUCUCUGUAAGAGUGCCACCAUUUGCUUCUUUUCGAUGAAAGAAAAGCAAUCUUGAAAUUUUGGAGAUAAAGUCCCCUGGAAAACUGAGUAGGUUUGUGCUAAUUUUAUGGCUAAUGGUUUAACUAAGUGGGGAACUAGCCAAGGACUCCCUUUUCCCAGGCUACCCCACUUGCUGGGAACUGUCUUAACUGGUAUAUUUUUGUUAGGGUUCCUAUCUUUCAGGUAUCAUCAACUUUAAGACUAUUAAAGCUAUUUAAAUAGAAACAAAAGGAUGUCAUUUGUACGACCGGUUCCUGAAGUGCAGAUUAAAAACUUUACAUACUACUGAA